UUACAUAAAUAUCCUCAGUGGUUAAAAAAAUUACGGCGAGUGAACCUCGCCGCGCGCACGAGUUUUAGACCGUGUGGCCGUGUGGGUGUCAGUCAGUUAACGAGUUUCCGACUCACACGAGUUCGAAUGCGCUGCUCAGUUCUGUCUCUCUCUCUCCCACUGUAACAAAAAAGAAGGAAAAAAUCGCCUUUUCCGUCCUCCGCCACCGGUUUAGGGUUGCAAUCAAACCGUCUCCGAAUUCCCGGCAAACCGGCAGCUCGACCAUUGCUGGACAUUUCCUGUCACCGGAGAUCGGCGGCAAAGCGAACAGCAUAUUGACGUCCAGUGCGAGUUUCUUCUCUCUGUUUCGGUUAGGGUUUUUUUCAUGUUCCCGUUCAUCGUCGUCAUCAACUGUGAAUCAGUCGCUUUCAUGUCUUGUGAAUGGAGAUUAUCGCUUUCUCUUCUCAGCCUUUCCUCAUAGCCUCCUCCGUCACUCUCCUGUCGCUCUUGCUCACUGUCCUCUCUCUCCUCCGGUUGAAGUCGCCCAGAAAAUCGCGCCAUCCUUUGAAAUCGUCGUCGUCGUCUUUGACCCGGGAUUCUGGCUGUUCCUGUGAUCGAACCGUCGGGAAUUCGGACUCUGCCGCUUCUAGAGUGUACUUGAACGGGGUAGGUGACGCGACGGGUGAAAUGGUAGUGGCUGCUGGCGAAAAGGCGGCGGUGGAGAGGCAGUGUGGGGCGUCAAUGAUGGAGCAGCUAGUUCCGGAGAUCACGACCCACGCCCUGAGUUAUUUGGAUUACCCGAGCCUGUGUAGAUUGUCCAUGACUAAUUCGUUGAUGCGUAAGGCUGCAAAUGACGAUAAUGCUUGGAAAGCUCUUUAUCACAAGGAUUUUACAUUGGAACAAGUUAGCGUUACGCCUGUUAAUGGAUGGAAAGCUUACUAUGCAGCUACAAGAGCCAUUGUCAAUCUGAAUGCAGAAUUCUUCAGCAUCAUCAGAGAAAGUUCUCUCCAAGAAAUGAGCCGUUUCUGGCUUAAUGCAGAUUAUGUGAAGUGCAUUCAUGCAUCAGGGGAACUUUUUUCAGGAAAGGUAGCUUGGAUAUUCGCUGAACCAGCGUGUCUUAUGGGCUCCCUAUCUCUAUUACUUUCUCUUUGUGUGUGUUGCCCAGGAAAGUUAUCCAUCGCCUUCUCGUCAUGUUUUCAAAUCCAACUUACCUCAUCAGCUUUUGUGUGUCUAUUCCUGUUUGAUUGAGAACCACUUUAGCUAAAACUGGGAAGACUACUUGUUGUGCCGUUGGAUUAGGUACAAUGCCGUGAUACAGAGCUGGCAGCACGCGUUCAACUGGGAGCAAGGAGUCGACUUUCAGGUUCGAGACGUGCGGGUUCGGGUCCUAACUGACACGGCCUGGGUUACGAUGAAAUCGUAUGUUGAGUUAGAGACCGGGCCGUUUCACGUGACCAAUGUGUUUGAGUUCCACAAUGGGAGGUGGUACAUGGUGCAUCAUCACAGCUCAGCGGACCAGCAGAUUAUGCAUCCGUAAAUUAUGAGUCCAAAAUGAGGAAUAUAUCGGGGAGUGAUAGCUUUAACAGUAGCUGGAUAAAUAGAUUGAUUGUUAGGGGGUUGGUUGUUCUUGCUAACUCUUCUUAUUAUUCUUUUAUGGGUUUCUGUGUUUUGGGCUGGGGGGAAUAUUGAUCUGUGAAGGACGAAGUCAUUGGAAGGUCCUUUUUCCUUUGUCAAAUCCAAUUUUGGUGUUUAUUUGUGGUUAAAUGGGAAAGGGACACCAAUGUUUCUUCUUUGUUCGUCUUUUUCUUUUUUCCUCUUGGUGAAGUUCCUUGGGCAAGUUAAUUGUAUGGAAUGGAUAGAGGGUAAGGAAGUGUUAAUAGCAGUAAAGAGUUGUUAUUGAGAAGUACAAAGUUGGGAAGGAAAGGGUCUGCUCGUUGAGGAUAAGAUGAUGAAUGGCAUUGA